AUGGAUGCAGCUGAGAGGCAUCAGAUGGAUACGAGUGGCGCAAGCACAGAUGCAGGAUAUCAACACGUCCGGACUCUGGAGGGGCAUCACUCGUCGGUUGCGGGGGUUAAGUUCAAGCCAGACGACGGGGCAAUUCUCGCGAGCUGCUCGGCUGAUGGGACUAUCAAGAUGUGGAAGACAGAAACUGGCGAGACAACCAGAACGUUGAAGGGCCACAAAAAUGGCAUCAACGACGUGGCUUGGAGCCAGGAUUGUCGAUAUCUGUGUUCAGCGUCAGAUGACCAAACGGCAAUGGUGUGGGAUGCAGAAUCUGGGAAGCAGCUGAGCACAUUAUCUGGCCACUCAAAUUUUGUCUUCUCCAUAAAAUUCAGCCCUGCUGGCAAUUUGCUGGUGAGUGGCAGCUUUGAUGAGACCGUCCGCGUAUGGGAUGCUCGGACUUCAGGAAUUAUUCGAGAGUUGCCGGCUCACUCUGAUCCAGUGACAUCAGUUGAUAUUAAUCAAGAUGGCACAACACUCGUGUCAUCAUCCUUCGAUGGGCUUGUGAGGAUAUGGGACACAUCAAAUGGAAAGUGUCUGAGAACGGUGAUAGACGAAAAUCAUCAUCCUGUGUCGUUUACACGAUUCACCCCCAAUGGGAGGUACCUCCUUGUUGCGACACUCAACGGGCAAAUGGCUCUGAGGAAUUGUGAAGAUAAUAAGAUAAAAAAGGUUUACAGAGGCUACCAAAACCAAAUGUACUGUUUGGUACCUGCCAUUUCAUGCACAAAGGGCAGGCUUGGUGGUAGAUGGCUGGUGACUGGAUCUGAAGACAAUGGCAUAUGUGUCUGGGAGAUUAACAAGAGGGAGUUAUGCCAGAAAAUUGAAGGCCGGUCCAGCCCGUCGGCCCUGGGAAGCGGGCAUUGCGAUGUUCCUUUGUGUGUUGAUGCCCAUCCAACACAAACCAUGAUUGCAUCCGGAGCAGGAGAAAAGGACUCCAGCAUCCGGCUGUGGCGAGCUAGUGAAUGA